UUUUGAGUUCGGUCAUUUUUUCAAAAGAUUGUUUUUUGUUUUGUUUUGAUACUUACAUGUAGAAUUAGUGUGUGAGUCCCUAUUCAGUUCCCUGCAACUUUGCAGUAGAGGUUUCUUCAGUCAGUUUGAGUUUCUCUCAUUGUGAUAGCUUGCUAUUUUUCCAGGUCUGCCUUGUAAUUGAAUGCACCCUAUACGCUUGCAUUGCAUUGGCACACUAUGAUGCUGGACCCCUCACCUGCAUACUGUAUAUCCAUGGCAGAUGGCAAUCAGAUCAAGCCCCUUAUUGUCAUAAUAUGUACUCUUGGAGCAUUGAUGAUGGUCCAAGCAAGAUGGUCAGAUUGUGGAAUCAAAGAGGGCCAGCAGUCUACAACCUUCAGAAGAGGAGUUGAGAAAAAUGUCCAGUUAACGUUUUCUUUAAAAGGCUGUUGUUUGCAAGUGGAUAGAAGCAGAGAUGGUAGUGAGAGUGGAAGAAACAUGUGCUGUCCAUCCAGGAGAAGUCUGUCUAAUGCAGUGAUUCAAUCCUGGCAGGAGGAGUUUCUGUUUUGGUUGCUGUAGCAGAGGCUCCACUAUAAAAUGCUGACCAACCACAGAGGGCACUAUUACCACUCCAUGAAGCCUACUACAUCACACAGUGGUAGUGGAAAGCUUAAAGGGAAAAAAAGAACGGAACACUGCCUUAAUUGCACAGUGGUAAUGGAAAGAGGAAAAAAAAGGACUGAACACUGCCUUAAUGGCACAAUGGUAAUGGGAAGAGGGUGAGAGAAAAGAAGAAUUGAACACUGCCAUAAUCACACAAUGGUAACAGAAAGAGGAAAAAACUGAACACCGCCUUCAUGGCACAAUGGUAAUGAAAAGAGGAAAAAAGAACUGAAUGCUGCCUGAAUUCCCUGAUUUACAUCACAGCAGUAGCCCCCCCCACACU